AUGGCCGCCUCCGACGGCGAGCUCUCCGAGGAGGAGGAGCCUGCGAAGAACGUGACGGCGUCGAAGAGCAGCAGCGAGGACGGCGCGGCCGCGGCGGACCGGCGCGUGCCCAAGAAGAAGCGGCUCGACAAGUCGCCGAGCUCGUCCGAGGACGUGUCGCAGCUCCAGCGGACCCUGCGGCAGCAGCAGGAGAAGCACCGGCCCGACGGCGCGCCGCCGCCGCGCGGGCCCGGCGACGGCGCGGGCGGCCGCGGCGGCGCGACGCCGCGCGGCGGCGACGGCGGCGGGCGGCCGCGGCCGGCGCCCUGGGAGGACGAGCGCCUGGACCCGGAGUCGCGGGCCAUCCUCGGCGAGAUGGGCCGGUCCGGGCGCCUGGGCCGCGACGAGAUCGACGACGGCGCGAUGCACUCGCUCGCGAAUCUGCCGGAGAGCGACCGCCGCGGCGUCGUGCGCCACCUCGACUCCGUGCCGCGGCACAAGAUCAAGAACAUCUCGGCCUGGCUCUCCAAGGGCUGCGCCGCCGUCAAGCAGUCCCUGCGGUCCGGCGGCGGCGGCGCGCCGGGGCCCGGCGGCGGCGGCGGGCCGCCUCCGCCGCGCGACGACCGCGGCCGCGCGUCGCCGCCGGCGCACCGGGGCCCGCCGCCGCGGGCCGAGCCGGACCGCCGCGGCGGUGGGGCCACGCCCCGGGGCCCGCCCGACGACGACGACGCCGAGUUCGCCUUCUUCAGCCGCCUCGGCGGCAUGCUCGCGCGGAACGACGUCGACGGCUCCGCGCGCGCGGCGCUCAGCUCGCUGAGCCGCGACGCCGCCGCGCGCAUCGGCGACGAGCUCCGCGCGACGCUGAAGCAGUCCCACGUGCAGAACCCGUCGGCCUGGCUCAUGGCGACGAUCAAGCAGGCCGGCGGCGGCGCGCGGCGGCCCGACGGCCCGCCGCGCGCCGGCGGCGACUACGGCGGCCGCCCGCCGGACCGGGGCCCGCCGCCGCGCCACGGCGGCAUGUCGCCCCACGGCGGCCCGCCGCCGCCGCCGGCCUUCGACGGCGCCUUCUACCCCAUCGAGCGCGACUACGGCCUGAGCCUGCCCAUGGUCGACCCGCGCGUCGUCCGCUCCAUCCGGGGCCUCGACGACCACCUCCAGCGGCGCAUCGCCGAGGACUUGUACCGCACGCUCAAGACGCAGCGCAUCCAGAACCCGAGCGGCUGGCUCCUGGCGUCCUACCAGCGCCUCGCGCCGCCGCGGAGCCACCGCGGGCCCGACGACGCGCCGCCCCGGGGCGGCCGCGACGACGGCCGCCGCGACGCGCCCGACGGCCGCCGCGACGCGCCCGACGGCCGCCGCGACGCGCCGCCGCCGCCGGACGACCGCCGCCGCCGCGACGACCGCGAGCCGCCGCCGCCCCAGGACGACCGCCGCCGCGGCCGGAGCCGGAGCCGGAGCCGCGACCGCGACCGCGACCGCGACCGCGACCGCAAGCGCGGCCGCUCGGACUCGUCGCCGCGCCGCGACAAGCGCGCCGCCGCGCCGGCGCCGGCGCCGGCGCCCGCGCCGGCCGCCGAGGAGGCGGACAUCUCGCUCGCGCGCGACUCGGGGCCCGUGCUCGACGCCGCGUUCAAAACCGUCGAGGACGCCUACGGCCUCGACCGCGACGACCUGGACCUCGACGUCAAGCGCGACCUGCUCCGGUCCCUCGACGACGACGUCUCCGGCGGCAUCAUCAAGUCGCUCUACAACACGCUCCAGGAGCGCGAGCUCCAGGACCCGCUCGCCUGGCUCCGGGAGCAGAUCGGCAUCGCGAAGCGCCUCCACAAGCGGACCUGA